UCAACCGCCUCCUUUCGCUGCUAGCCUGGCACGAGCGGUCGCUUGGGGGUUGUUGCCGUUGGGGCUGCAGCGAAACAUGAUCCGUCCCUGGCCCGCGUGCGGUGGCGUCCUGCUGAGGCGGCUGUGGCCCGUUGGGCGCCGCGGGUACUGGCGGACCGUGGGGCUGACCGAGGGCAUCAUCUCGGAGCUGGAUACGGACCAUCUCUUCGUGCACAGGAGCACGAUCCCCACCAUGCACUUCCAGAACAGCCUGCCCAGAUUACCUGUUCCAAAAUUGGAAGAUACUAUCAGGAGAUAUUUGGCUGCUCAGAAACCUCUACUGGAUGAUGAUCAGUACAGAAAUACUGAAAGAAUUGCCAAGGAGUUUGAAAAAGGAGUGGGCAGGAAGUUACAUCGAACCCUCGUUGAAUCAGAUAAAAAGAACAAGCAUACGAGUUAUAUAUCAGAUCCCUGGUUUGAUAUGUAUCUCUGUGCCAGAGACCCUGUUGUUUUAAACUUCAAUCCUUUUGUUGCUUUAAAUCCUGAUCCAAAAGAAGCAUACAACAGUCAGAUAUUGAGGGCAACAAAUCUGGUAGUAUCAUCAAUAAAAUUUCUUAACUCCUUAAAAAAACAGUGUUUACGGCCAGAUAUCUAUUAUGUCGAUCCAAAGUGGAGCAAGAGUAGGCCCUUCAAAAACUUCAUCCGCUUUCUUCCAACCUCUAUAUCUUGUUUUGGAGCUUAUAUGGUAAAUGCAUAUCCCUUAGAUAUGUCACAAUAUAAACGUCUCUUCAACAGUUCCAGAAUUCCUAAAUUAAACAAAGAUGAACUGUUUACAAAUGAAUGGGGAAGACAUCUGUUGGUGAUGCGAAAUGGACAUUUUUAUGUUUUUGAUGUUUUGGAUCCUGUUGGUAAUAUUCUGCAUCCAUCUGAAAUCCAGGCUCAGUUAAUUUAUAUUUUACAAGAUGCAGAUCGUUUGCCUGAAUUUUCCCUUUGUUAUCUCACCACUGAAGAUAGGAAUAUUUGGGCAGCAGUAAGACAACAGCUUGUCGAAGCAGGCAAUGAAGACAACUUACAAAAAAUUGACAGUGCAGUCUUUUGCCUCUGCUUAGAUAAUAUUUCCCCAAAGGAUGACACUGAGCUGUCACAUUGUCUGCUUCAUGGACAUGGUUUUAAUCGUUGGUUUGACAAAUCCUUUAGUCUGAUUAUCACUAGCGAUGGCACUGCAGGGAUAAAUUUUGAACAUUCUUGGGGAGACGGAGUUGCUGUCAUUCGUUUUGUCAAUGAAGUAUAUAGAAACAGUACCAGGCACCCAGCUAUUAUACCACUUCAUAGUCCUGGUGCGUUAAGUGCUUCCACCUGUGAAAGACUGGAGUUUAGACUUAAUGAUUCAAUCCUAUCUGCUAUAAAUGCUGCACGCAUGAAAUUUGAUGAAACAAAUAAGAAAAUAUCUGUGGGAAUGUUUGAAUUCAGAAAGUUUGGAAAAGAAUUUUUAGUGAAACAAAAACUAAGUCCAGAUGCUGUUUUUCAACUUGCAUGUCAGAUGAGUGCUUAUCGACAGUUUGGAAAAAUUAUGUCUUCUUACGAAGCAUGUAGCACUGCUGCUUUUAAACAUGGCCGCACAGAAACUAUUCGACCCACAUCUGUACUAACAAAACAGUGUUCACGUGUAUUUGUUGAAGAACGAAGCAAACACAGUGUAUCAGAUCUGAGAAAUAUGAUUGAUGAAUGUUCAAAAUAUCACAGACGCUUGCAACUGGAAGCUGCAUUAGGCAAAGGAUUUGAUCGCCAUUUAUUUGCAUUAAAACAUCUUUCAGUGGUCAGAGGUGAUCCUAUGCCUGAAUUUUUUCUUGACUCAGCCUACCAAAAACUGAACCAUAUUAUCCUUUCAACUAGUACGUUACCUAGUCCUGCAGUUCUUAUUGGUGGAUUUGGGCCAGUGGCACCAGAUGGUUUUGGAAUUGGAUAUAAUAUAUUUGAUACAUGGCUAGGAUGCAAUAUAACUAGCUAUUUAAAGAAAGAACUACCUGAAUUUCUUACAUGCCUUGAGUAUAGUUUAAAUGAUAUUUUAGAUGUUUUAGAAGGACGGCCUCUUGCGUGAUAUCAUUAGUAAUUGGAAAUAUUAGCAAAUAUUGUAAAACUAAUUACUGAACCAUAAAAAUAAUGGCGCAAAAAUAACAACAAAAAUCUAAUAAUGAGAAUAAGCUAUGGGAAAUAUACUUUCUACAGAGGUAGACAGUAACUACAAAAGGGAAAAUAUGGACUUUUAUUAGUGUAUUGACAAGAUGAUGUUAGAAAAUGUUAUUCUGUUUUUGCCAUUUUUUAUUACUAGUUUUCAACGUCUAUUAAGACCUUGAAUUUUUUCCAUAUCUUUUCCAAACUCUUCAUAUUUUAGUGAAAUGCAUUAAUUUAUACUUGUUUAUUCUUUGUUAUACUUUGCUUAGUUUUUAUUUUUCAGAAGGAUAGUUGUUUGUUUGGGUUUGGUUUUGUUUGCCUUGUAUUGUUAUAUAUACCACAUUAUAUCUUCAUGGCAGUACUUGUUCAAACAUGUUUAUUGAAAUAAAAGUUUGACAUAUUGACUACAGGAGACAAAAUUUUAUAACUGUACUGUAAUUAUAAUGGAAGUGAACUUUUUCUUAGCUGUAAUGUACUUUAAUGUUGAAUUGAUGCUUCUAUUAUAAAUUCUUAUUUUCCUUGUGAUGUAGUUAAAUAUUUCUUUUCACUAGUAACUCAAUAUAACAAUCAAACUAGUCAGUCAAAUUAAAAAUAAAACUGGAACAUGCCUGGCAUCUGCCCAGCUAUGCCUAACUCCUGCUUAUUUUACUCAAUCAGCAUACUGCUCUCCAGAACCUGAAAUGGAACCCAAGAUUUUUUACUCUCACCAUUCCUCUGCUGCCAGGAAAUGUCCCUGAAACAUUCUGCCAAAGUACGCCUCUUGCUAUACUUGGGCUGUUCCAUGCAGAGGAUGACAAAUUACUUCUUGUGUCAGUUAAUUAGUUCAAGAGGCCAGGAGCGGCAAGUUUGCAGAAAUUUUGAUGGUACCCAGACUGCCUAGAGCCUGCACCCUUCCCCCACUCUAACUUUCUCCCCCUCCCCCGACAUCUGGCUAUGAUUCUGAGAGGGAGUUUGUUUGGUGGAGAGGGGAGGGCUUGAGAGAGAGAGAGUUUGGGUGCUGCUGGGUGCAGGCUUUGGGCUGAAGCAGGAGAUUAGGGGGGCAGCAGAGGCUGCAGAUUCUGGGAAGGAGUUUGGAUGCUGAAGGGGUAGGACUGGGCCUCGGAUGGAGUUGGGAUUGGAGUACAGGAUGGGAUCUGGGGUGUAGGCUCUGGGAAGAAAUGGGGGUUCAAGGAGGAGGUAAAGGUGUAGGUUCUGCCCUUGGGUUGGAGGUCCUGGAUGUAAGCUAUGAGAGGGAGUGUGGGGCCUGGAUGGGCGGGGAAACUUUUUUUGGCAGAAUGGGGAACUUGGGGGAGAUGGUGAAGGCUCUGGAGGGAAUUGGGUGCACUAGGGGAUGACUGGUGCCACACAUACUUAGCAAACGGGGUAGGGGAGGCAUGGGCGUGUAGGGGUGGAGCAGCCUGGCGACCAGAGUGGGCGGUGUGACUCCGCACUGGGCUCUGCAUCCCUGGGGCUGCUCCCUGCCCAGCCUGGGCAUGUAGCUCCUAGAAGCUAACAUCCCCCACCCCCCUUGCUACAGGUUCUGCACCAGGAGGGGUAGGUCUGGAGCUGCUCUGCAGAUCUGGGGCUGGGUGAGCCGGUCACAAGCUGCUGCUGCCUCUGUGGGGCCCGAGGACCCAGACUGCUUCUCGCUGCUCCCCACAAGCUGUGUAAGGGGAUGGAAGCCCCUUCCUCAGUGCCUCACUACGCCUGAUCAGGCUGGAACCAGCCCCAGAGCAGCAGUCAGCAGGUAAGGGGUGAGCUCUGGCUAAGGACUGCAGGGAAGUGACUCUUCCCCCCUCCCUGGUCCCUCCUCAUCCCAGCACUGCUCGAGGGGGCUGCGAGUCCCAGCUCUGUUGCUGUGCCGGUGUGCACACUGGAGUCACAGGGUUGUGGGAUAAGAGGGGGGGUGACGGAGGAUGCAGGGGCAGGUGUUGCAGUGAGACGGGAUGGGGUGAUGCAGGGGAUCAGGCUGGGGGGGAUCAUGGGAUUGAGGGGAGUGAGGCUG